UUGUUAUCUCUCUUAAACGUCAAUGGCAUCCUCUGAGUCCAAGCCCUGUUGGAAAACGAAAACAGAAGACAAAAACCCAACACAACAAGAGAAGGAAAUCAGAAAACAAGGCCUGAAGAAACAGAUUCUCAGAAACGGAAGUUCAUGGCAAACUCCGUCUCGCGGAGACGAGGUCCAAGUACAUUUCAGCGGGCGGAUAAAAGGAGGGGCAUGUCUUGAUCAGAGUCGUGACAUUGGAACUCCCUUUAAGUUCAAAUUGGGCCAAUGUGAAGUAAUCAAGGGACUGGAUGAAGGGGUUGCCACAAUGAAGAAGGGUGAGAGAGCAAUCUUCACAAUACCGCCGAAUUUGGCAUACGGAGAAGUCGGCAAUCCACCGUUGAUCCCACCCAAUUCGACUCUCGUUUAUGACAUUGAGAUGAUAUCUUGGAGGACCAUCCGAGAUAUAACUGGUGAUGGAGGAAUACUGAAGAAGAUAAUAAAGGAAGGUGAAGGUUGGGCCACUCCAAGAGAUGGUGAUGAAGUUUUAGUGAAGUACAAGAGCAGCCUUGAGAAUGGAAUGCUCGUCUCCGAAUCCGACAAUACUGAGUUCUAUAUAAGUGAUGAUUAUAUAUGCCCUGCCAUAAGCAGAACAGUCAAGACUAUGAGAAGAGGCGAGAAAGCUGAACUAGCAGUGAAGUCCUCCUAUAGCUUCAAAGAAGUUGUGAAUGGAACUGCUACGAUGGGUGUUAUUGCUCCACUUGCAUCUAAUUUAACCAUCGAAAUUGAACUCAUAUCAUGGAAAAGUGUCGUCGAUGUCACCGGAGAUAAGAAGGUGGUCAAAAAGAUUAUAAAACCUGGCGAGGGCUUUGAUCAUCCUAAUGAAGGUGCCAUAGUGAAAGUGAUAUAUACUGGCACGCUUGAAGAUGGAUCGGAAUUUGAGAGCAAGGGAUCUGAGGAGGAACCUUAUGAAUUUGUAUGUCUAGAAGAACAAGUAAAUGAGGGUCUAGAUAGAGCUAUCAUGACUAUGAAGAAAGGAGAACAAGCACUGGUGACUGUGGGAGCAGAGUUUCUCCCAAGCUUUGAUGCUUCAAGAAUGGUUGCUACGGGUUCUUUGGUGUAUUAUCGAGUACAGCUGAUUGAAUUCACUAAGGAGAAACCUUUUUGGAAGAUGGACACAAGUGAGAAAUUGGAAUUUUGUGAGAGAAAGAAGCAUGAUGGAAAUCUUCUGUUUAAGGCCGGGAAAUUUUGGUGUGCUUCCAAGAAAUAUGAAAAGGAAAAUUACCUAAUCGAAUUCGACCAUUCCUUCACCGAUGAUGAGAAGUAUCAAGCACAGACCUUGUGGCUAUCAUGCCAGCUAAACAAUGCAGCUUGUAAACUUAAAAUGGAUGAGUUUCUUCAAGCUUCAAAACUCUGUACAAAGGUCUUAGAAGUUGAUCCAUUCAAUAUCAAAGCUCUUUACAGAAGAUCUCAAGCAUACCUUAGAAUUUCAGAGUUAGAGAAAGCUGAGGAAGAUAUCAGGAGAGCACUAAGGAUUGAUCCAAACAAUAGAGAUGUGAAGUUGGUGCACAAAGAGCUAAAGGAUAAGCAAAUGGAAUAUGUUAAAUAUCAAUCUGAGAUUUUCAGUUCCAUGUUAGCAAAGAUGGCUAACUAGGAAAUCAGUAGAGAAGUUUCUCUAACCUUUACAGCCGAUAAAAGGUCAAACGACAUGAGAUAAGGUGGGGUGGGACUUGAGUUUGAGAGAGUACACACAGAAUUUUACAUUGUAUUUAUUGAGG